CUUAGGUUGGCAUGUUUCUACGGGCUGUAACAGAACUUUUUGAAUUUUUAGUUCGGCGCAACCUGAACGCGCUUUUGUAUUUGUUUACCAAACGCCCUAACAAAAGAAGAUAUUUGGACAUAACUGAUGGACAUUAUCGAACAAAUCAAAACAUUUAUGGUGGAACUGGGAUUCCUGGGAGUGCAUUCUGAGGAAGAUCAUCAAAGGUAAGUGAAUAUUUAAAAUGCUAUUUCUGAGUAAUGUUGACUACCCAAUAUGGCGGUUAUCUUUUUUGGCUGCUUUGUUGUCUAAAGGCUGUACUCAGAUUAUUGCAUGGUUUGCUUUCUCCGUAAAGUAAAAAAAAAUAAAAAUCUGAGACAGCGGUUUCAUUAAGGAGAAGUUUAUCUGAAGUUCCAUGUAUAAUAGGCUUAUCUUUAUCAAUGUUUAUUAUGAGUAUUUCUAUAAAUUGAUGUGGUUCUGCAAUAUCACAGCAUGUUUUAGAACUACUUAACGUAACGCGCCAAUGUAAACUCCGAUUUUUUUAUAUAAAUGUGAAAUUUAUCAAACGUAACAUACAUGAAGUCCUAUGAGUGCCAUCUGAUGAAGAUCAUCAAAGGUUAGUGAUUAAUUUUCUCUUUGUGGCUUUUUUUGACUCCUAUCUUUGGCUGGGACAAUGGCUGUGUUUAUUCUGUGGCUUGGUGGUGACCUAACAUAAUCAUUUGGUGCUUUUGCUGUAACGCAUAAUUGAAAUCGGACACUGGUGGGAUUAACAACAAGAUUACCUUUAAAACGGUAUAAGAUACAUGUAUGUUUGAGGAUUUUUAUGAGAUUUCUGUUUUGAAUUUGGCACCCUUUGCUUUCACUGGCUGUUGUCAUAUCGAAGUUAACUGACUUGCCUCAUUAAAUAAAGGUGUAAAAAACAAUCUGACCGGUGUCCAAAAAUACAGAUUUCCGAUUGUUAUGAGAACUUCAAAUCGGCCCUAAUUAAUCGUCCAUUCCGAUUAAUCGGUCGACCUCUACCUGUGAUGGGAGGAUGAACUGCACUUUUCCCAGCAAAUAAUUAGCCUCGUCUCAGGAGCGGGUGAGCUGCCUGUUAGCCAGAUGGGACACAUUUUCAGUUCACUGGUAUUUAUCUAUGCUUUUAUCGUUUGUAGAACUGUAGCCACUGAAUUGUUACUUUUCACUUGAAAGAAUAAAACCAUCAAUCACAGUUCGCCUCUGGCACAAUAAAGCCAAUGCUGUGCAGCGCUCCCUAUUUCCACAGUUGCCCACACAGCUAGCAAACAAGCACUCAUUCAUGGAAAUGGGGUUUGCGGAAAGUGAAUUUGGACCAAUCCCUGACAACCCAUACAACAAAAUGUAGCUAUGAAACUACUUUGUAACCUGUUUUUUUGUGUGUCUCUGAUAGAAAAAAUGCAAUGACGGAGCCGAAAAAUGUUUUACCUUAUAUUUCAGUCAACGGACAUCCGAUGACCGUGAAACACCCUCAGGACUUUCCAGUACUUCUUAGCAAUACAAUGUCAAAUCGAUCUUACUCUGAAAAGACAAAGACCCUGCUCUUCAAUGGUACUAAAGCUGUCAUGGGGAAAAUCUGGAAUAUUGAUACAGAGAAGUGCUCAACGAUACAGUCUUCGGGGCCAGGUGUGACACCUGACGUGAGCCGGACACUACUGAGGGGGCAGACACUGAUUGGACAGGAUGGCAGACUUACACGUGUCCAAGGUGCUGUGUUGGUUUCAAAGGGCAGUUGUGUAUGUCAGAAGGCCCAGAGGACCAGGAGGCAGUGCUCCCAGUGUGACCGCCCAGCCUGCCCAUCCUGCAUCCAGCAGUGCUCCAACUGCUCCAGACCCUGCUGCUCUGUCUGCACCGUCAUCGAUUACAGUGGCCAGUAUGAGCAAGUACUGUGCUGCGGCUGCUCAUCGUAAUCAACAACUGACCAUGGAGAAAAUUAAGCAUUAUGCUUGAAUAUUUUAAUUUUACAUUAAAUAUUCUUAUCUCUAAAUUGUUAUACAUGUUUAUGCUUAUUUUUUUAAAUGUUAACCAUUAUCCAACUGUGUUUUUGUAUAUAUGUAUUUUGCUAUGUGUGUGGAAUAAAUACUUGGACGCUUUA